AUGGCAACUCCAAGUACCUUCAACCCUCUCGUAUGCGUGGUUGACUUCCAUCACGCCCGCGGACCAGAGAUCGAACACUGGAUCGGCGUCCCAGAUGACGUCGACCCAGCGGCCGAGAAUGACUGGCAACUGAUUCCAUAUAUGGCUCUGCCGGAUGGAGCACAUCAAUCUGAUGAGGAGUUCAGCUAUUUCUCGCUCGUGUACAAGGCACAGACUGGCCAGGAUGUCGUGCCCACCAGUGUCUUCGGCAUCAGUUGCUGUCAUAGGAUUCCCGCGGCUGAUCUCGUUUGGAAGAGUGAAGAUGUCACGAGGAGUGCCGUGCAGAAAGCUGUGGUGGCCAUCACCGACAAGCCGGAAAGGUUUAGCAAGUUGAGGGAGAAGCUGAGUGUGGUCACGCGGGCUUGGUUCGCGCAGAAGGAUUUUAGAGAUGUCGAGAUACUGCAGCGAUUCCGCGACAACCUCUGCGCAGACCCCGGUGAUGCAGUGGAAGAUGAAGCGCAGCAGUACUUUGGCCUGAGCCUGAGAGAAAUGGUUCACCACUUCAAGUGGCAAAUGUUGGUACUGUUCAAGUGCCUCUUGAUACAGCCAAAGAUGCUCUUCUUCGGCUCUCACUGUGAACGAGUCUGCCAGGUGCAAUUCUCGCUCAUCUCUCUCAUACCGAACCUCGUGCGCAGCCUGCAAGACUGCGCCGACCCGCAGAUGGACCGAUACGCUGAGACGCUACGCAAGCCGGACUCUGUCCGAACCAGUGAUCGAUCGUCGUUGCUCACGUACAUGGGCGCGCCGUUACAGCUGUUCGGCAAAGGCAGUGUCUUCGGCCCAUACACGCCGCUGCAGCAACUGGACAUCUUGACUGACCUAGAUACGAGAAGCUAUGUGGUUGGAAGUACUAACAGCCUGCUCAUCCAGCAGAAGGAUCGGUACUGUGACAUGCUCGUCGACCUCGACGAGAAUAUCAUCUACAUCUUGUCUCCAACUCUACGCUCCGCGCUCACGCUCUCCGUAGCUGACCGCAGAUGGGCGGACUUCCUGACGCAGCAAGUGACCGAAACGUGGGAUGAGAUGGACCCAUCGCGGCCCAAAACGCAUGGCUACGCCGGAAGCGAAGAGUUCAUCCGCUUGCAGUUCGAAGAGUACCUACUGGCGCUCCUCUCCGCAGAGAAGUAUCACCAGUAUCUAGCAUCCCGCAAAGACGGCGAUCCCAAAGCGCUCCUGGCCGACGUCGACGGUGACCCGUCUCUCGACUUCGCACAACCAUUCCUCGAGGCCUGGCGAGAGACGGGAAACUACAAGCUCUGGCUUCGAUCGACGGACAGUCAGCUCUUCGACAUCGUCGAGCCGCGGCAUCCUUGUGCAGGCGGGCUGACAAUGGAAGAUGUGCAGCGUCGGCUCGCCGCCCAGGUUGCCGAACUGCAUCUUGACGAGCGCUUUAAUCAGACUCGCGAGGUCGUCAAUAAGCGCCUAGCCGACGGUCGAGUUCAGGUCACUACUGCUUUCAAUAAGGUCUGGGCGGAUAUCGAGGUGAUGAGGGAGGCUCAGCGUAAGCGAUCGGAGGAAGCGAAGGCCGCGGGUCCUCCCGCCGUCGUAGAGGGCGCUGCCAAGCCGUCGUCGCCGCCAGCAUUAAGCAGAGCAAGCGUGGCGGCUGCUAGUCAACGAGCGGGUGCGUACCUGAACUCCUGGGGUGCGUGGGCGGCGGAGAAACGGCGGACGGGCUGGUCUCGUCCUGGCGGUGAAGGGGCUGCAGGCAGCGACAAGGUUAAGGAGAGACCCGCCGUCACUACUGUCAGCGAGUUGGCAAGAGAUGAUGUGCAUAGAAUGACCACGCAACUGGACGCUACUGCGUGGGCUAAAAGCCCGGAGCCUGAGAAAGACACGCCUGGUGCGGGCAAAGAAGCUGGCUAG